AUGCAUAAAUCGCUCUUGAUUGUUUCUGGAGGAGCAAUGGGGUCGCUUUUUAGUGGCUUUUUGGAAGCUGCCUCCAUGAAGAGUCAAAACGCUCUUAAUGUUAUGCUUAGAGCCAAUUGGGAAUCUCACCGUCAGGAAAUCCAAAAGAAUGGUUUAGUCGUGACUCCUUUGUCUGAUGCGUCUAAAUCCAUAUGGAAUGAAAUAAGAAAAGAUUGCAACAUUGGAUAUCAAAACGGUUCUUUUGUUAUUCCCGUUCAUGCUGUGGAUGAUUCUAUUUUUGAUCCAGCGAGUCAGUCUCACAGAAAAGUAGAUGAGGUAUUGCUGUUUGAUAAGUCGUACAAUACCGAAAUGUUAGCAUCCAUGAUAAAAGGUGUUCUUUCCGAAACAGGAACCUGUCUUACUCUACAGAACGGUAUGGGAAAUGUCGAAAUUCUCCAAAGAAUUUUAGGAAAAGAAAGAGUCCUCCAGGGAAAUACUUCCCAAGGAGCGAUGCUUCGAAAUCCUGGAGAAGUUAUUCAUUCUGGAACGGGGUACAUCACAAUCGUAUCGCCGACUCCACAAGGCCAAAAAUCGGCUGAAUGGUGGGUGAAAACACUCCAAUCUGUUCAUCUCCCCGCGGAAUUAGGCGGAAACAAUUUCGAAGAAGUUCUGUGGAAGAAACUGAUCGUGAACGCUGUGAUCAAUCCUCUCACCGCUAUCCACAACUGCAGAAACGGCGAAAUCCUGUCUCUGCCAGAAUACAAUCGUAUCUGCGACGAUGUCGUAAACGAAGCAGUCCGCGUGGCGGAGCGAUGCGGAGUGAGGCUGGAUGUCGCAGACUGCAAAGCUCGUGUUCAGUUGGUAGCUGAACAAACUGCUGGUGAGCGCUCUCUCCAAAGAUUGUCACACUUAGGAGUUCAGUUUGAGGGAAGCAAUGACGUUGGAGUCUUUUCUAAGCUGACAAACAAAUACUGUCUCGUUGCCACAGGUGGCUCCGAAACCUUUUACAGUGCAUUUGAGACCGAGUUGGCAGAUCAAAUUCCCGUGAUUAAAACCUCGAUCGCGGGUUGCCGUUUUGUUGGUCGUGUGACUGCUGGAAACAAGAAUGGGCUCCUUGUUCCAAUUUCUAUUACAGACGCCGAAUUAGAACAUAUUCGCAAUUCCAUUCCUGAUGGAGUGGUUGUCAAGAGAGUGGAUGACCGUUUGUCAUCCCUCGGUAAUUUGAUUGCUUGCAAUGAUCACGUCGCGCUUCUGCAUUCCGAUUUAGGCCGAGAAACCGAAGAAAUUGUUGAGGACGUUCUCGGUGUGGAAGUGUUCCGUCAUUCGAUCGCUGGAAACGCGUUGAUUGGCAGCUAUUGCGUGAUUUCAAACCAAGGAGGACUUGUGCACCCCGCCACCUCCCUCGAUGAGAAGGAAGAGCUCUCCUCGCUUCUCCAGAUCAGCCUCAUGGCAGGCACGAUCAAUCGAGGAUCGGAUGUAAUCGGAGCGGGUCUGGUCGCGAACGACUUCACAGCGUUCUGCGGACUGGACACGACAUCCACGGAGAUCGGAGUGGUGGAGAGUGCGUUCAAGCUGGAGAAGCAAGCCUCCACUCUGGACUCUAUGAAGAACUAUCUCUUUGAUUCCACGUUCUAGUCCUCUGAUU